AUGCCUGUGUCCACGGCCACUACUACUGCUUCUUCGCCGCUGUCUCUCUCUCGCACGGCCACAACCACCUGUGGCUCUCUCCUCCGAGAAUUACAGGAAAUAUGGGAUGAAGUUGGGGAGAGUGAUAGUGAAAGGGACAAGAUGCUUCUAGAGCUUGAGCAGGAAUGUCUUGACAUUUAUCGUAGGAAGGUAGAAAUGACCAGAAAGUACAAAGCUGAUUUGCACCAGUUCUUGGCUGACGCUGAAGCUGAAAUUGCUUGCCUCACUUCUUCCCUUGGGGAACGAGUUUCCUUUCCACAGUAUGAGAAGGUCAAGGGCAUUCUUAAGCAGCAAAUAUCUGCCAUAAGCCCUGUGUUGGAGGAUUUAAGGUUGAAGAAACAAGAAAGGAUAAAGGAGUUCUCAGAAACACAGCAGCAGAUUGUUCGUAUUUGUGCAGAGAUUGCAGGAAACGAUCAGCUCAUCGGUUCUGCUGAGCCACAAGUGAAUGUGCAAGAUUUGACGACUAGGAAAUUGGGAGAGCUAAAGUCACACCUUCAGGAACUUCAAUCUGAGAAGACUCUUCGUUUGCAAAAAGUUGAUAGUUAUAUUAGUGCGAUACAUGAGCUUUCUGUUGUUAUGUCACUUGAUUUCAACAAGAUAAUAUCUGAAAUUCAUCCAAGCUUGGUCAAUACGUCAAAUGGUCAACCAAAGAGCAUCAGCAAUGAGAUUGUUGCUAGAUUAACUAGUGAGGUCCAUUCACUGAAGCAAGAGAAACAACAAAGGCUGCAAAAGAUUCGAGAUCUUGGGAGCACUCUUGUAGAGCUUUGGAACCUAAUGGACACACCUCAUGGGGAGCGGAAAAGAUUUGACCAUGUCACAUGCUUAAUCUCCUCCUCUGUUGAUAAGGUGUCAAGGCAAGGAUCCCUUGCUAUGGAUGCCAUUGAGCAGACUGAAGUUGAAGUUGAACGUUUAAAUGUUUUGAAAGCCAGCAAGAUGAAGGAGCUGAUAUUUAAAAGGCAAAAUGAGCUUGAAGAAAUGUAUAGAGGGGUUCAUAUGGAUGUUGAUAGUGACACAGCGAGGAAGAUUCUUAUUGGCCUUAUGGAUUCUGGUAGCGUUGAUCUUUCUAAUCUUCUUUUAAGCAUGGAUGAUCAAAUUGCAAAAGCCAAAGAACAAGCUCUAAGCCGAAAGGAUAUUUUGGAUAAGGUGGAGAAAUGGAAACAUGCAUCUGAGGAGGAAAACUGGCUUGACGAGUAUGAAAGGGAUGACAAUCGGUAUAGUGCUGGAAGAGGAGCACAUAAAAAUCUGAAGCGUGCAGAGAAAGCAAGGAUUUUGGUCAGCAAAAUACCAUCUCUCGUUGAAAAUUUAACUGUAAAAGUAAAAGCGUGGGAGAUAGAGAAAGGAAUACCAUUCUUAUAUGACAAGGCCCCUUUAUUACGUACAUUGGAGGAAUAUACUGUGUUUCGGCAGGAGAAAGAAGAGGAGAAACGCAGAUCUCGGGAACAAAAACGACUGCAAGAACAAUUUGUUACAGAACAAGAGGCACUAUUUGGUUCGAAGCCUACUAUCAAAAAGCCAUUAGGCACAAGCAUUAAUGCUAACACAAUGGUUGGGACACCAAAUAGUCGUCGUUCAGGGACUCCUUCGGCCCGUCAUGGAAUCUCAGGUGGAAAAGAACGGAGAGACAGUGGUAAGGCUGGUAAUGUAAUACCAGUCAACUACGUUGCCAUUGCAAAGGAUCAAGGGUGACUCGCUCUCUGGGGGCAGUUUGUGCGCCCACUGAGUGGAGGAUUUUUCAUAUAUAGCUUUGGUUGGUAUUGAUUCUGAGGGGAUUGGGAAAGGGUCUUUAAGUGUACCUGGUUAUAGCUAACUUUCUCCUUUUGAAAAUUAAUGUUUCUAUCAAUCAUCUAUCCAGAUUUCAUUUUCUGAUACUUUCUGUGUAACUAUAUAUGGUGGAAGGAUAUGGACAGAAACUAAUCUAAUGAGUUACUACUUGGUUGUAUCUAUCAAAGUUGUUGUAACACAGUUGGUUAAG